AUGACUACUAUCCCGCAAGAGCCGAUCGACGCCCGCCCAGAGGCCAAUCUUCGCAUUCUCGUUGUCGGCGCUGGUGUGGCUGGCAUGUUACUUGCCCUAGAAAGCAAACGCCUAGGCCUCUCCCCCAUCAUUCUAGAAAGAAGGCCCAGGAUCGAAUAUGCAGGAGACUUCGUGGUCAUAGGGCAUAGCGCUGUUCGGGUCUUCAAGCAUUGGCCUCUACUCAACGAGCGCUGGAAGGAGGAAUCAUAUGAUGUCGAAUCCUAUUAUAACCGGCACACCGGUGAACAAAUUGUUGGGCCAACUCCUCUCAAGCCAUCGACCGGACGGCCCUUAUUGAGAAACAAUUUGAUGUCGAUGCUCGAAGAAGCUGUCAUACGCCAGAAGAUACCCAUAAGGUUCAACCAGAAGGUGAUCGAAUUCUUUGAGGACGAUGACUGUGGAGGAGUUGUGUUAUCCAACGGCGAACGUAUCUCGACAGAUAUAGUGGCAGCAUGCGAUGGGGUUCACUCAACGUCGUGGCGUCUCACCACCGGCAAGAAGCCCGUCACGGUAAGCAGCGGCUCUGCUGUCUAUCGCACGUCCGUCUCCGCGAAGCAUGUUUUCAGUAGGGAUCCGAGUUUGGAGAAACGGUUCGCUCUGCGCGAAGGACACCCUUACUUGAAAUGGUUCAACGGACCUGGUAUGCACGGCCUGGUGUUUGGUGAAGGUGACAAGAUCUGCUGGUCUAUCCACCAUCCGGAGAAUGCAAACACUUCAACGGAGUCAUGGAGCGCAACCGUUGACAGCGCUCUUGUCGCGGAUCAACUGUUGCAAGAGCAUCCGGAUUGGUCUCAAGACUUAAUGUCUCUGAUACGCAACACGCCUGAUGGAACUGUGAACGAUUGGCUCCUUCUGUUUCGCGACCCCGAACCUCAAUGGGUCUCCAGAAAGGGCCGUGUUGUCCAGGCUGGAGAUUGUGCUCAUCCUUUCCUGCCAACUUCUGCCAACGGAGCUACGCAAGCCAUGGAGGACGCGAUCACGCUGGCUGCUGCACUGAGGUUGGGUGUCGACACUGGUGCUUCAGUGAAAGAGAGCCUUGCUGUAUAUAACACACUUCGGUGA